GAACUGUAGGUGCAAAAUAGAUAGGUUUGACUCUUUAGAGAGAGAAGAGAUACGACAACUGUUGAUACUGAUAUUGUUAAAAGCAAGGACGAAAGAUUAAGACAAGUUGAAUAGUUGAUGCAGGAAAAGGAGUGGAGGAGCUGCUGCUUGAUACGAACUAGUGAGGCGAGGACGAGAGAGAGAUGGCACUAGUCGUGGGAGGCAAUUUAUGGUGCGUCAGAGGGCAAGGCGAAGAGAGGCUGAGAAAAAGACGUCAUUAUACCCAGAGCAGUGACGAGUAGUGGUCAUGGCAGGACGUUCGAGACUCCACUUCUUGGUGUUGGUGGUAGUUGCUGCUGCCGCCAUCACGCCCACCGCAGCAGCAGCAGCAGCAGUAACAACAACAACAACUGGAGGAUCCCCGCGUAACUACAUCGACACCAUAAUUAUCAACGCCCUUGAGAACUUGAGGAAUCAGAUGGUGGACGGCUGGCCUGACCUCGGCGUGCCACCCCUCGACCCCCUGGACCUGGGCACCGUCAACAUCGACAUCAACAGCGGCAGUAACAGGGUGAAAGGGUCGCUGUCUGAUGUGCGGGUUCUCGGUCUUUCCUCCUUUAACAUCGACAAGGUCCACAGUCAGCUCCUCACCCUCAAAGUGGACAUGGAGCUUGGCAUUCCCCUGCUGGAGAUCAACGGCACCUACAGCAUCACAGGCAACGCGGGGAUCCUGCCUGUCUACGGCGACGGAAACUUCAGGAUGGACGCUUACAACUUCACUCUCAAAGGAAUGAUUGACCUGGGCACAACUGAGGAAGGCUAUUUUGGAGUGGCGGUGCUGGAUCUGGAUGUAGCAACGCCUCAUAUUGAAAUUAACUUCGAAGGCAUGAUGGGCGGCGGGGAAAUGGGGGACUUUGUGAACGGCAUCCUCAAUUCAAUGGCUCCUGAGUUCCUGCAGUCUCUAGAGGAUCAGUACAUGCCGCUGCUGGAGGAGACAAUCAGACACGAGAUUAACCAGAUUCUCCAUGGAAACUCCACCUAUUUGAGAGAAAGAGACGACUCAGUUAACGAUUACUUCGACCAGGUUUUCGCCAACAUGCGCCUCAGCAUUAUAGAAAACGGACUGGACCCGAUCGCUCUCCCCAAAGACAGCGAUAACUUCACUAUUACGCUAUUCAACCAGACACUGACAGGCGGGGUAACGGCAGGCCCUGGUAAGCUGGCUGGGCUGUCCACCGUCCAUCGCGCGGGGAACAUGUUGCUGCUCUAUGUGGGGGAGCAGGACGAGGUGGUGUGGCAGGGCGAAGUGGGCCUCAUUGACUUGCAGGUGGACUACAGGAUGGGCCUCUCACUGCCUCUGUUGGGGAAGGACUUGAGCCUCUCCGCCAAGAUGUCCUUCCUCCACCUGAGUUUCGAGACGGACGUGUUUCUCCACCAGUCUGACAUCACCUUCGCCUAUUGUAACGUCACGGAGAUGGGGCCCGUGCACUUCAAAGAGACAGGGACGGGACCGCUGGACACCUCACUCUACAACUUGGUAAUCAACGUCCUCCUCGGGGAACUGCAGGGCGUCGUAGCCACCACCGUGCAGGAAGUGCUGUGUGCCUUGCUGGAGGGCGCCUUUGCCUCAGGGUAGCGGCGGCAGCUUCCCACACUCCCGGCUGGUGGUGAUGCUCUGGGAAACACACGUCUUGUCAUCUGUUGUUUGUGUUAAGGAAAGUUUUGCUCAUUUGGGAUGAAAUAUUAAUAAAUAAAAGCCUUCAUUGGUCA